UAAGAGUAAUUGUGUUAAAAAUGCCAAGCCCAAAACAGGUUGGCCUACGCGCACAGCAGCAUGCUCGCACGAACGUCUGCGCGCGUUCACGCUGAAAUGCACGGAGAAAGAGCGAGGACGCCUACCUCGCAGAGAAUUUCUUCACACUGCGGAGGAAUACAGCAAGCUUCAUAGAAGUGGUUCGCCUUGCCUGCCCGCCUCCAGCAAGUCUUGUUCAGAGGCAACCGUCCAUUUCCUCUCUCCCUGUAGCGUUAGCAGACCAACGUUUCCAAGUCAAACAGACAUGGCUGACCAACUUACAGAAGAGCAGAUUGCAGAGUUCAAGGAGGCCUUCUCUCUGUUUGAUAAGGACGGAGAUGGCACCAUCACCACCAAAGAGCUGGGCACUGUCAUGAGAUCACUUGGUCAAAACCCAACUGAGGCUGAACUCCAGGACAUGAUCAAUGAGGUGGAUGCAGAUGGAAAUGGGACAAUUGACUUCCCUGAGUUCCUGACAAUGAUGGCAAGGAAAAUGAAGGACACUGACAGCGAGGAGGAGAUCAGGGAGGCAUUCAGGGUUUUUGAUAAGGAUGGCAAUGGUUACAUUAGCGCAGCAGAGCUGCGUCAUGUUAUGACUAACCUGGGAGAGAAGCUGACAGAUGAGGAAGUAGAUGAGAUGAUCAGGGAAGCAGACAUCGAUGGAGAUGGACAGGUCAACUAUGAAGAAUUUGUUCAGAUGAUGACCGCCAAAUGAACUGGGCUCACAUUAAGACAAAUAAUCAGUCAAAUGUUUCACUUACCUCUUAUUGCAAAAAUCUACAUUUAUUCAUACUGUUCUGUAUAGACAACUUAAACUGAAUGUUGGAAAACUGAAAGUCUGUCCAUAUAAACAAGCUCAAAAAAGGUAAAAGACAAAAAGAAAAACCUCAAUCAAUCUGCAUGUACUGGCUUGUAUUCCCCGCCCCCCAGCGCUAAGCUGCCCAAUCAGAUCUCAACUCGUUAGCCAAGCAGCCUCUCUGCAGCUGUCUGGUCUGGCCACUGCUUCUCUGCUUCCUGGUUCCAUCUGCCUGAUGUCAUGAUGAUUAUAUGGGCUGGCCAGUCGCCUUUCCUUUAUGACUUCCUGUUUUCUUUUUUCUGUUCUUCAUGCAUGCAGCUUUAGAUGGGUUACUGUUGAGCGCCCAAUGGCAGAAGGCUGUUGUUGGCGGAGAGGAGGGAGGGGUUAGUUGACCGAUGAGAGUGAGUGAACCAGCAGAACCUUUGCAGUUUGCUAACCUAAAUGAAGUCAGUGAUGACAGAGAUAUUUUUAAGAAAAAUAUUAAAAUGGAAUAAAUAAGAAGUCAUUUUAGAUUCUGUGUUUCUGGCAUGUCAGGAUACUCGCUUUAUCCUUUGUGUGUUUACCUUUUUUGAGGGUGAAGCCUGCGUGGGGCAUAGAUUUGAGCCCCUUGGGCGCUGGGUGUGUCUUAGACUAUUUGGAGGGCUGGGGUGGGCUUUAAAGGUGAUGAUAUACAAGAGAAACAUUUAGGUAAUAUCUGUUAUGAGUAUCAGCUUUUGCCCAGUUGGAGAUUUACAAACAAUGAAUCUGUGGUUAUUCUUCACUGAAACACACUUGGGUAUCACCUUAAAGGUUGCUUGAAUAUCAUGAUUCUAUGGGGGUGAUAAAUUUCAGUUUAGUGGGGACGGGGUCGGUGCUUUGCAGCAUUUCUAUUUUGUGUUUGUGUGGGAGUUUGCGCGCAUGUGUGUGUGUGUGUGUGUGUGGGUGCGGCAAGGCCCGGCCCAGUCCAACUGUUCUGUUCAGUUGAUCUGCAUUCCAAGUUGUACAUGCUAGUCUUUACAUUUUGUUUUUCCAAUAAAAUACCAUGAACUAA